AUGAGCAGCACACCGAGCCGCAGAAAGUCUUGUGCUUCUUGCCGGACCAGCAAGUCAAGAUGCUCCCUCGAGUCACCGUGCCGACGGUGCGAGGAGAGGAACCUGGACUGCAAGUACGUCCAUCCACCAAAGCGAUCGGCAGCAUAUCGAGCAUUGCGACCGCUUCCUGUCCUCGGGGACCUGAACCAGCAAAGCUCUUAUGUUGAGCUGCUGGCUCACAACGGAAGCACUCCUGCCGAAGCAUCGAUGAACUGGGAUGCAUUAGUUUCACCCUCAUUUCUGCAUUCAUCAUUGGGCUAUGAGCUUGAGCAUUCAGAGCUACCAAGCCCUUCCUCCACAGUGCACUUCAACACGCCCCAGAACCCUCGGGUGAUACCGGAACCCAGCGGGCUUCCAUGGCUAGGGAAUCGCCAACAGUCGGACGUACUGUACAAUCAAAGGGCCUUGCUUUCUUUGGGCGAUCCAGAACCUUUCCAUACUGCCAAGAUAAAUAAGCUGCUGACGCAAUCCGAGAGUGGCCAGCCCCGACAUUCAUUCUACCAAAUGAAGCCUCUUGCACCGCGGCGUAACAAUGGAGUGGCUUCAUGUUUCACCGUCACAGUACUUCUGGGCCAGCUGUUAGCCUAUCCCAAAAUGAUGGCCAAGGGUUGCCGACUACCACCAUUCAUCUUCCCCCCGUGCUGUAUGGAAGGAUAUCAUUUGACAGCUGGCCCCUGUGGCAAGGAAUUUCACAAGUGCUUGCCUGAAACCCUGGCCAUAUGUUGCAGCUUGGUGCAGAGCUUUGAGACGAGAACAGCUGGAAGCACUUCGUUCGUGUGGAAAAGCAUAUAUAAAGAGGUAGAGAGGAUACAAUGUGAGUAUACUUCCUACGACUACAAGGCACUUCUUCAGGCCCUUCAGGCCUUACUCGUAUACCUCCUACUUCAAGCGGAGUCUCAAGAGAGCUUUGUACGUGCAAAUUCGAGGAGCUGA